AAAACUUGCAGACGUUCCACCGCCGGCGAACGUUGCGACCACCAACCGCCAAUAACUCAAUCAAGGUGAUUGCCGUAAACAAAGAAGACAAUAUAUACAAUAUAUACAUAUAUAUUCUCUUUACACUUUUAGGGCUUCCAUAUCCUUUUCUCUUUUUUCUUUUUUCGCAUUUUCCGGGAAAAUUUUCGUAGAGAAAAUGGCUGCGACUUCGAAGAAAUCUCAGAAGAAGAAUCCCAAGGAAGCGCCGAAGUUCAAUAAAUCUUCCAAGAAUCCGUUCAAGGCGAAGAAGAAGAACGAGCAAAACGACGCCGCAAAGUCCGAGGCCGUUGCUCUGCAGCUAGAAGACGAAGAACCUGCCUUUCCUAGAGGUGGAGGAAGUUCGCUGAGUCGGAGAGAGCGUGACGAAGUUCGCGCCGAAGUGGACGCGGAGUUCGAAGCGGAGGAGCGGGGGUUGAGGAAGAAGAAGAGGAAGAGUUUGAAGAAUAGGAAUCAGACGGAGGAUGAUGAUUUGGGAUCGCUUUUUGGUGGUGGAAUUACUGGAAAAUUGCCUAGAUAUGCAAACAAGAUCACUUUAAAGAAUAUUUCUCCUGGAAUAAAACUUUGGGGAGUUGUUGCUGAAGUAAACAAGAAAGACCUUGUAAUUAGUUUGCCAGGGGGCUUACGUGGGUUAGUUCGAGCUGCUGAUGCCGUGGAUCCUGGUUUGGAUAAUGAAGUUGAGAGCAUAGCCAAUAAUGUGCUGUCAAGUAUCUUCCAUGUUGGACAGUUGGUAGCUUGUGUUGUUUUAAACUUGGAUAAUGAUAACAGAGAGAGCGGGAAACGAAAGAUUUGGCUUUCUCUACGGCUUUCUUUGUUGUACAAGGGCCUCACCUUAGAUUCUAUUCAAGAAGGAACGGUCCUUACUGCAUACGUGAAAAGUAAUGAAGAUCAUGGCUAUAUUCUUCAUUUUGGUUUGCCUUCUUUCACAGGGUUCUUGCCUAAAAAUAGUCAAAGUGAUAUCAAGAUAAACACAGGAGAACUUCUACAGGGCAUUGUCAAAAGCAUUGAUAGAACCCGUAAAGUUGUUUAUAUGAGUUCUGAGCCGGAUACAGUGUCAAAACAUGUGACCAAAGAUGUUAAAGGUAUUUCAUUUGAUCUUCUCAUUCCGGGCAUGAUGGUUGAUGCUCGUGUACAGUCAACCCUUGAAAAUGGUGUUAUGUUAUCAUUUUUGACAUAUUUUACUGGAACUGUUGAUAUGUUUCAUUUACAAAAUAGUUUCCCUGCAACAAGUUGGCGGGAUGAUUACAAUAAAAAUAAGAAGGUUAAUGCUCGAAUACUAUUCAUUGAUCCUUCAUCUAGGGCCAUUGGUUUGACUCUGAAUCCACAUCUCGUUUGUAACAAGUCUCCUCCUUCUCAUGUUAAAAUUGGAGAUAUAUAUGAAAACUCAAAAGUGAUCCGGGUUGACAGAGGAUUGGGUCUUCUUCUUGAAAUACCCUCAAUGCCGGUGUCCACUCCGGCUUAUGUUAGUGUAUCCGAUGUGGCUGAAGGUGAAGUUCGUAAGCUUGAAAAGAAGUUCAAGGAAGGUAGUUGUAUCCGUGUUCGGAUUCUUGGGUUGAGGAACUUGGAAGGAGUUGCUACUGGAACUUUGAAGGCAAAUGCUUUUGAAGGGUCUGUAUUCACUCACUCAGAUAUCACCCCUGGGAUGAUUGCGAGGGCUAAAGUUAUAGCUGUUGAUUCCUUUGGUGCAAUUGUGCAAUUUCCUGGCGGGGUAAAGGCACAAUGCCCACUUCGUCAUAUGUCUGAAUUGGAAAUUCCAAAGGCCGGAAAAAAAUUUAAGGUUGGAGCUGAAUUGGUGUUUCGUGUACUUGGUGGGAAGUCUAAGAUGAUAACUGUUACGCACAAGAAAACACUGGUCAAAUCUAAACUUCCCAUCAUUAGUUCCUACACUGAUGCAACUGAUGGGUUAAUAACACAUGGGUGGAUAACAAAGAUAGAAAAGCAUGGAUGCUUCGUCCGGUUUUACAAUGGUGUCCAGGGUUUUGCUCCAAGAUCUGAACUUGAACUAGAAGCAGGAUGUGACGAUGAUCCAAUUCCAAGUUCGAUAUAUCAUGUUGGACAAGUCAUCAAAUGUAGGAUAGUUAGUUCUGUUCCUGGAUCAAGGCGCAUCAACCUUAGUUUCAUAAUAAAGCCUCGAAGGGUUUUGGAGGAUGAUGUUAUCAACUUGGGUGGUGUUGUUUCCGGAGUUGUUGACCGAAUAACGCCAAAAGGUGUAGUAGUUUAUGUUAAUGGAAAAAAGUACUUGAAAGGUACAAUUACGACUGAGCAUUUGGCAGAUCACCAAGGCCAAGCUGCCCUGUUGAAGUCAGUCCUGAAACCUGGAUAUGAAUUUGAUCAGUUGCUGGUGCUGGAUAUUGAAAGCAACAAUUUCAUAUUCUCCGCAAAAUAUUCGCUGAUCAAGUCUGCUCAGCAACUUCCAUCAGAGCUCAGUCAGAUAAGCCCAAACUCAGUUGUCCAUGGUUACAUUUGUAACAUAAUUGAAACUGGCUGCUUUGUUCGCUUUCUUGGGCAUUUAACUGGUUUCUCUCCCAGAAGCAAGGCAAUGGAUGACUACAAAAUUGAUCUCUCAGAAGCCUUUUAUGUUGGACAAUCCGUGCGCAGCAAUAUACUCGAUGUUAAUAAUGAAAAGGCUAGAAUAACACUUUCAUUGAAGCAGUCAUCUUGCUCUUCAACAGAUGCAUCCUUAAUGCAAGAUUACUUUCUUUUAGAGGAAAAGAUAGCUAAGCUGCAAUCACUGGAUUCCUGUGAAUCCGAGUUAAAUUGGACCAAAGGAUUUAAUCUUGGCCGUGUUGUUGAGGGGAGAAUACAAGAAACAAAGGAUGUUGGAGUUGUUGUCAGCUUUGACAAGUAUAAUGAUGUCUUGGGUUUUAUUACACACAAUCAGUUAGCUGGUACCACCGUAGAGACAGGUUCUGUCAUUCAAGCUGUGGUUCUGGAUGUCUCCAUAACAGAGCAUUUGGUUGACUUGUCUUUGAAAACAGAGCUCAUUGGUAAAUUCAAAGAAAGUUCUCGCAGCCAAAAUGACAAGAAGAAGCGCAAGAAAGAAGCAUCCAAGAACUUGGAGUUACAUCAGACAGUUAAUGCUGUUGUCGAAAUGGUCAAGGAGAAUUACCUGGUUCUCUCAAUACACGAGUGUAACUAUGCCUUAGGAUAUGCAUCAAAAUUCGACUAUAACAGUCAGAUGUCUCCACAGAAGCAAUUUUUGAAUGGACAAAGUGUCAUGGCCACUGUUAUGGCUCUUCCGAGCCCUUCAACAAUGGGAAGGCUGCUUUUGCUUCUUAAUUCGAUAGGUGAACCAGGGACAUCCAGUUCAAAAAGGGCAAAAAAGAAGUCUAGCUACACACUGGGAUCUCUGGUUCAGGCGGAGAUUACUGAAAUCAGGCCUCUUGAACUAAGGUUGAAAUUUGGGGUCGGUUUCCAUGGGCGGCUUCAUAUAACAGAGGUAUACGAUGACAACGUUUUGGAAAAUCCAUUCAGUAACUUCAGAGUUGGGCAAACGGUGACUGCAAAAAUUGUUGGAAAGAUUAAUCAUUCAGAUAGCAAACAAAAGAGCUACCAAUUUGAUCUUUCGGUGAAACCUUCUGUUCUCACAGGUUCUUCCGAAAUAGAGGAUGAGCUCGCAACUGAAGAGCUUGAUUUCUCAACUGGGCAACGUGUCAGUGGCUAUGUAUAUAAAGUGGACAGUGAGUGGGUGUGGUUAACUAUAUCUCGACAUGUGAGGGCUCAACUAUUCAUUCUUGACAGUUCAUGUGAUCCUGCUGAACAUACUGAAUUUCAGAAGCGUUUUCAUGUGGGAAAAGUCAUAACUGGUUAUAUAUUGACUGUUAACAAGGAUAAAAAACUGUUGCGCCUUGUUCUACGACCUGUUCUUUCUGUCUCUCAUAAAGUUUCAGAUGGUGAAGUUCUCAUUCCAAGUGAGAAUGUUACUGCUCAUAUUUGUGAAGGAUGCAUUUUGGGUGGAAGAAUAUCUAAAAUACUUCUCGGUGUUGGUGGAUUAACCGUGCAAAUUGGUCCUCACACAUAUGGAAGGGUUCAUUUUGCUGAGCUUACUGACUCUUGGGUGUCUGACCCAUUAUCUGGAUACCAUGAAGGGCAAUUUGUCAAAUGCAAGGUCCUUAAGGUUAUCCAAUCUGUCAAAGGGAAAUUUCAGAUUGAUUUGUCAUUACGUUCUUCAAGGGUAGGCAUGAUUUCUCAAGAUGCUAAGGAAGCACGCAAAAAGGAACCUCAGACCAAAUUUGUGGAAACGAUUGAGGAUCUUCAUCCUGAUAUGGCAGUGCAGGGUUAUGUUAAAAAUGUUACUCCAAAAGGUUGUUUCAUUGUUCUGUCUCGGAAGGUUGAUGCAAAAAUUCUUCUUUCAAAUUUAUCUGAUGGAUAUGUUAUAAAUCCUGAAAAAGAAUUUCCCAUUGGCAAACUUGUAACUGGCAGGGUUUUAUCCGUCGAACCUUUGUCAAAGCGAGUUCAAGUUACUUUAAAGACCUUGGGAGCAAGCAAAAAAUCUGAGACUAGCAAUUUGAGUAGUUUGCAUGUUGGGGAUUUUAUCUCCGGAAGGAUUAAGCGCGUGGAGUCAUUUGGUUUAUUCAUCACUAUAAACGACACAAACUUGGUUGGAUUGUGCCACAAAUCAGAGCUUUCAGAUGAUCAAAUUGAUAACAUUGAAGCUAAAUACAGAGCAGGAGAAAGAGUGAGAGCAAAAAUAUUAAAGGUCGAUCCACAAAGAAAUCGAAUAUCUCUAGGAAUGAAAGAUUCCUAUCUUUUGGAUGAUAAUGACACAGAAGAAAAUUCAGACCAAGAGGCUGAUGCAAGCAAUGGUUUCGUGAAUGACACUAAGUUGAUAUCAUUGCCUGAUAAUGAUAUGGAUGUUGAAUGUGCAAAUUUGGAAAUCCCCAUUCUUGCACAAGCAGAAUCCAGGGCUUCUGUUCCUCCACUUGAAGUCACACUUGAUGAUGUGUAUCAGGAAGAUGUCAAUAAUGUAGUUAGUCGAAAUGAAGAGCCUAUCGAUGAGGCAACCACCCUAGAUGAAAAGACCAAGAGGCGAGGAAAGAAGAAAGCAAAGGAAGAGAGAGAGAGAGAGAUAAGAGCUGCUGAGGAAAGACUACUGGAGAAAGAUAUACCAAGAACUACUGAGGAGUUUGAGAAACUAGUUAGGGGUUCUCCAAAUAGCAGCUUUGUCUGGAUAAAGUACAUGGACUUUGCGAUUUCUAUGGCUGAUGUCGAGAAGGCCCGCUCCAUUGCAGAAAGGGCAUUGCAAACAAUAAACAUCCGAGAAGAGAACGAGAAGCUCAAUAUUUGGGUGGCUUAUUUUAAUUUGGAAAACAAAUAUGGAAAUCCUCCGGAGGAGGCAGUCCAGAAAAUAUUUCAAAGGGCAUUGCAAUACAAUGAUCCCAAAAAAGUUCAUCUAGCACUCCUGGGAAUGUAUGAAAGAACUGAGCAACAUAGGCUGGCUGAUGAGCUUGUUGAGAGAAUGACCAAAAAGUUCAAGCAGUCAUGCAAGGUUUGGUUGAGACGGACACAGAGGGUCUUGAACCAACAGCAGGAUGGGGUUCAGCCUAUCGUCAAUCGUGCCUUGUUAAGCCUUCCCAAACAUAAGCACAUUAAGUUCAUAUCACAAACAGCUAUUCUCGAGUUCAAAUGUGGGGUUGCUCAUAUGGGACGAUCUAUGUUUGAAGGAAUCUUGAAAGAGUACCCAAAGAGAACGGACUUAUGGAGCAUCUAUCUUGAUCAAGAAAUUCGACUUGGAGAUGUAGACGUGAUUCGUGCACUAUUUGAGAGGGCAACUUGUUUGAGCCUCCCGGCUAAAAAGAUGAAAUUUUUGUUCAAGAAGUAUCUGGAAUACGAGAAGUCUCUCGGCGACGAAGAGCGGAUUGAGUACGUGAAAAAGAAGGCAAUGGAUUAUGUUGAAAGUACACUAGCUUGACACUCAUGAGUCUAAUCUUUUGAAAUUUUGACACCUAAAGUUUUAUUUAUUUCUUAAGGCGUUAGUUAUUCUUGAGAAUUAGGAAGGAAAAAUGAGUAUUUAUUUCUAUGAACCUACUUUUUGUUGUUGUAUUUUACUUCCCUAUGUAUUUGCGCAGCUUAAAAGGUUCAUUAUUUAUAUGGUUGAAA